UUAUUAUUAAAAUAUGCAAUUAUAAGAACAAUAAUUUAACAAUGAAUAUAAUUAUUACUAUACCAAAUUAAAAAAUUAUAUUUUCAAGUUGAAAAAUACUAUUUUGUUGUCCUUUUAAACUGUUAAAGGAAAAUGGAACCAGUUUGUAAAGUAACUAGUCCUAAAUCAAAUAAUCUUAUUGAUUUACAACAGUUAUUAAACCCUACAACUACAGUAAAAAUAAAACUCCAAUGUGUACAGAAGAUUUCUGAUUGUCUUGAAGAAUGUUGUCGAAACCAAGUAUAUUUUGAAAGUAUGAUAACUGUAUUUCUUAAAGUAUUAUCUGCUACUGAACCAGUAUUCACUCCAGAUCACGAUGUUUUUAAAAUAAGAAAACUGAUUCUUCAAAUAAUUCACAAGAUUUGUAGCAGCACUGAAAAAAUUAAAAAUCAUGUUCAUACAACAAUGGUGGCAUGCUUAAAAGUAAUUGAAACAGACAAUGAGCAAUGUGUUAUUUAUUGUUUGUGGAUUUUUAAAGAGUUGUUGAAUUCUUUUAAGCCAAAAUUUGAGGGUUGUCUAAAAACUGAAAUUGUGAAAUGUUUACAACUUAUUAUAAACAUAUAUAACAAUUCUAGUCAUAGUGAAAAAAUUCUAAGUUUUCAAAAAACUUCUGAUAUCAAAACCUUAAUGAACACUGUAAGAUCAUCGACAACUGUUACUAAAAAUGCUAUUAGUUAUGUAAUUAUUCCAAUGGGAAAAAUAUCAGUUAAGGUAUUGAAAGAAUUACCACAAAUAUUAAAAAUAUUCUACAUGAUGUAUUAUGGUAUUCAAUCUUUUAAAAGUGAAAUGAUAGAAUUUUUUCCAACUCUUAUUUCUUUUUUUAAUUUGGAAAUACCAUACAAAGCUGAAUAUAGGGAUUUAGUAUUAGAUUUAAAAUAUGCACAAGUGAGAUUGUUACCUUUUUUUUCUCUAUUUUUGAAAGAAAAUAGAGAUGCUAUAAGUGUGCAUUGUACAACUUUAGCUGGAAGAAUAAUACAUUUAAUGGGUUCAAACAUAUUUUCAGAUGUUAGUAAUUUACGUACUGAACUUCUUACAGGAUUUGAAUCUAUUAUUUUGGCUGACCAUAAAUCUGAAUUUUUACCUCAUAUGGAUAAAUUUUUAGAUGAAAGUCUAAUAACAGGAAAAGGUUGGUCUUUAAAAAGUAUUCUAAGACCUAAAGCAUAUAUUUAUAUUGAUCAUCUUAUAACUCAUUUGCAUAAUCAAUUAUCUUUAAACUAUUUAGUUAGAGUAGUACAUUUACAUUUUACAAAUAUAUUGGAUCCUACACUUCAACCAGAAGUUCAAAUCAACUUAUGUAAUAUGGUGAUGAAUAUGUUAAAUUAUAUUAUUCAACGACAAAAUCAAAUUAUUACCAAUAUCAACACUGUUGAGAGUAAUAUGAAUCCUAUUAUUGAUGUAUUUUAUCGAGCAUUAAAAAUAUUUGUUUUAAAACUUAAACAAUUUCACAAGCUUUAUCUACCACAGAUAAAAAUGAAUUAUACACCUUCAGAAAAUAAUAAUGAAUCUAUUUCUAAAAUAUUAGCAGAAUGUCAAUUGAGAGAAAAAGAGAGAAAGUUUUCUUUUGGCUAUCAUUCAUCACAAAUAAUACCAUAUACAUCUGCAGAUUGCAACCGAUUCAUUAAAACCAUUAUUCCAGCUAUUAAGACAAUUUUGCAAUUCAUUGUGAAAACAGAAGGAGUAAAGAUUUCUGUAAAACAUUACAAUAAAGACAUUUUGAAACAUUUUAUAGAAUUAUCUUUUUUAUCAUUAAAAGUCUAUAAUUUUUGUGAUAUUAAAAAAAAGGAAAUGUCUAAAGAAGUAUUGGAUGCUAUAGUGUGUAUAAAUCCAACUCAAUUAAAUUGUUUUGUUUCUGAUGAUUAUAUUAUACAACAAAUUUAUAGUGAACAAUUAGAAGAUUUGAUAUUUAGUAUAGCUCUUGCAGAUGAAUUAUUGACAUCAACAUUUAGUCCCUUAAUAUUUGAUUAUAUACUAAAUAAUAUGGAAAAUAAAAAAAAAUUCAAUCAUGUAACUGAUUUAGUGAAUAGACUUCAACUAAGUCUUAAAAUUAAUAAUAAUGAAGAAUUGACAACAAAGUUUAUAUCUCAAAUAAUUCAAAAUUUGAUAGUUAUUUUAAAGAAAUCUUAUUGUCCAUUUAUAUAUUUACAAAUGCUGAAAAAAUGUUUAAUUAUUGUUGAAUCAGCUGAGGAUAUUUUCAGAGAAAACAUAAUUAGUGUACUUCAAGAAUUGUUUCUUAAUUUAGUAUCUUAUCAAAAAAGUAUAGCUGAUGGGCCAAUUAAAAUUUUAAUUACUGAAUUGUGUAUUGCUGAAUGUUUAUAUAAGGAAGUAAUACACACUCAUACAAUUCAACUUUUAAAUAUUGUUGUAUAUUCUUUAGAAGUACCGCAAUUAGCAGUUCAGGGAAUUGGUGUGUUAGAAUGUUGUAUAAAUAUACUACCUAACAAUGUAUUAGAUGAAUCAACACUUCAUAUUCGUAGUAAAAUUGUCCAAGUUUUAUGUAAAUGUUUAAGUAGUCCAUAUGAUUCUAUUUCUCAUCCUGCUGUGAGCUUACUUGGUAAAUUUGGUGGUCUAAAUCGAAAUGCGAUUAUAAAACCAUACCAAUUUUCAAACAAACAUAAAAAAGAUAAUCCAUCUAUUCCAAAAAUUACUGUUUCAUUUCAAGGAUAUUUAAGUACCUCAUUGGAUUUGGAUAUAAGUAAUGCUGUUAAUACUGCUGUAGAAAUAUUAAAGACAAAAAGUAAUCAGUAUUAUAGAAAAGAAAGUUGGAAUAUUAUUAAAGGAUUUUUUAAUGUUUCAUUACAGUGUGAUGCUAAAGGAAUCUUGAAUGUCCUAACUAAUAUUAAGUGGAAUAAGAAACCAAAUGCAUUUGUGAAAACAGAAUUAAACUAUCUAAUGACAGAAUUAGAGGAAACUUAUAUCACAGCAUUAACUGGACUAAUGAUAUGUUUUGGUGAUGAUUGUUUUAAGUCAGAAAGUUGUACCUUAUUUUCUGAAACUUUUAAACGAAUGAUUCUUCUUGCUAUUUGUUAUCAUAGUAAUAUUCAUUCUAAAGAAGAUAUUGGAGUACAUCCAUUUGUUUUAAUUGAUGCUAUUACUAAUAUUUUAUCUUUUGAAGAUGUAACAGUUUUAAAUGUUGGUAUCCUAGCUACAGAAAUGAUUCUUAGAGCUUCACAUAGCAUUUUAGGGGACACGAUUGUGCAGUUUCCUUUAAUAUCAUAUUUAUUAAAAUGUUUUUGUGAACUUUGUUAUGAUAUUGAUUGGCUUCAUAAGCGUGGAGGCUGCAUGGGGCUUAAAGUUUUGUAUUCACAUUUAUUAAAAAAGAAGAGUGAAGAGAAUAUUUUGCCUUUACCUAUUAUUAAUUGGUUUUACAAAAAUUUGUCUAAUACGUUCAAAGCAAUGAUGUUCAUUUUUGCCGACUAUAAUAAUCAACUUACAUUUGGUGUUAUUGAACAAGCACAAUGCAAUUUGAUUGAUCUAAUGAAGUGGGUAUUUUCUAUAAAUCAUGACACAACAGAUCAGUUGAAAAAACUUGAAAUUGAAAAAAUUAUGAGAUUAUUAAUUGAUUACAUUGUUGGACCUAAUGAACUAUUAAGAGAACAAGCAAAUAUUUUAGUCGAUCUUCUAUCAGAGCUAAGAAAUUUAACAGUUUUUAACAUGUUUGAAGCUUACAAUGAAAUGUUUAAAUUAGCUAUUCCAGGAAAACAACCAUAUAAUACUUAUAAUUACAAUAAUCAAUUAGGAGUUAUGAAAGGGCAUAUAUUUUGCAUGAAAAACAAAAUUCCUGCUGGUAAUUUGGAUUUUUCAAAUCAAAGACAUAAAGAAUAUUUUUAUGUCCUAUGUAAUAUUUGUGAAUGUAGUAAUAAAGAUAUUCCAAUAAUGUCAUUUUUAAAAUCAUUAUCUGCUUCUCAAGUACAAGUACUUCGGAAAACUGCUUUACAAGUGUUGGUAAAUUGUAGACAAUUUGUUAAGCCCUUAGAAUGCAGAUUUAUUUAUAAAUUACUUUACAAUGCUUUGAAAGGAUUCAAUCUUGAGCUACAAGAAACUGCUUAUGAAUGUUUAAAAUUAUGUGUCAGUGAUUCAAAUAUUGAUCUAACAAUUGUGGACGAACUGUUAUUAUAUCAUACUAAUUUAUUUCAAGAUUACUCAAUGAUAACUAUGUCUAAAGUUAAAUGUGUUUACUAUUUGUCAAAAUUGUUUCCUAAUAGACCAAACACUAUAUUUUGCACAACAUUAUUGGAUAUAUUUAAAUAUAUAUGGACAGACUUGCACUAUAAUAAAAUAAAAACAGUGAAGUAUGAUCAUGAAACACUAUUAGUAAACAUAAUAGAGGUUAUUAGUAUAAUAAUACCUACUGAAUUUUGUCAUAUAGAAGAAAUCUGUGAGAUAAUUUUAAAUAGGGACAUUGUUAAAAAUGAAUUAAGAAUUAAAUUGUAUCCUUUAUUACUUGAAUGUUUGUUAAAAUUUCCUUCUAAUAGUGUCCUUAUGUUUUUUCGAGAGAAAAAUAUAAAGAAACCAUGUUGGUCAUCUUUUUUACAUGAAAUGAUCAAUAAUUCAAAAUGCCAAGAAAUUAGGAAUGUGUUGACAUCUAAUUCUAAUUACAUUGAAUCAUUAUUAGCAUCUGCUAGAAUUGAUCCAUCAAAAAUUAUACAAUAUGAAUGUAUUAAAACAAUUUAUAAUCUUACAAAAAUGGAAAAAGAUUGGAUUUCUCCUUCUAAAAGUAUUGUUAGUAUGCUUCAAAAUAUGUGGAUUAAUCCACAAUACAAAGAUCGUUAUAAAAAUUUAUCAUUAAUUAAAUCAACAGAAUGGGAUGAGCCAAAAAUGAUGUUGAAAAUUUUAUUAGAAUAUUUUCGAAACAACCGAGAAGAAAUUCAAUUACUUUUUCAAUUACUAACAGUGUUUAAUUGUCAAUAUCCAACAGAUAUUCAUUUUUUUCGGGUCAUGUUAGAAAAUGAAAUAGCAUCAUCAUUUCCAAUAUUUUGGAAACGAAAAGUUUUUUUUGAAUUCAUUGAACUAUAUCAAAAUAAGAAUUCUAAUAAUGAUAUUUUGUCAAGCAUUCUUCAAUAUAUUAUAUUACCUUGUUUUUCAAAUUGUUAUAAAAAAGGUGAGAAAGAAGAAUUAUUAUGUCUGAAUAAGAGCUCAGAAGAAAAUAUUAUUGAUGUUUUUUUAAACAAAAUAUUCAUUAAUAUACGAACUGCACUACUUGGAUAUGAUUUUGAUGGUAUAAAAAUAUAUGUUUGUCAACUUAUUUGUUUGUUAAUAGAAGAUUUAUUAAAAUUUGAUGAAAAAAUAUGUGAUUCCAUGUACAACGCUGUAAUACCAUGUACAUGGGUUCGGUGUUCUAUGGAUAUAAAUGUUAAAUUUCAUUGUUACUUAAUUUUAACUUGUAUAAUGUUAUCUGAAAAUACUUCAAAAAGAGAAAAACUAAAUCAAGGUAUUUAUUAUGAACUCUUGAAAGCAAGUUUUGCUGAAGCUCAGCCUGUUAUCAAUCACGCAUUAAAUUUAAUUGUUUCUGCGGUCUGGGAAAAGAAUAAUGAAGUUAAUACUUUAGUGGUUUGUGUGAAAAAAAUUAUGAUGACUGAAUCACAAAAUGUUCCCACUCUUCAUCAUAUUUGUUCAUUUUUAAUCAAAUAUAACUCUUUGUUUUAUCCUUACAAGCAGUUUUUAAUACGUAAUAUUUUAGGAGCAUUAUUUCCUAUUGCAAAAAAUAAUAAUGUACCCGAGUACAAAAAAACCGCUAUUGAAUUGGCUUGUAUGGUAAUCAAAUGGGAACUAACUAAUAGUGAUGAAAAUAUAAAAUUAAAAUUUCCUUUAAAACGAAAAAUUGAAGAUACAGAAACAAAUGUAAAUAAUAAGGAAGAAAAAUCUGCAAAUGACACUUUACAACCACGUCAAAAAGGUUCAUCAGAAACAAUUGAUAAUUGUUUAAAUUUUUUAGCUAUGGUUGGAUGUCAAACUCAUGAUGACAAACAAGAAAGUAGUAUCAGUCAAUUAGCUGCGAGAAGUGUAAAAUUGUUCAAAAAUAUAUUAAGUAAUGAGGCAAUAAAUCUUCAUGAAGUUACUUUAAAAUUUGGUUGGAUUGAGAAACUUUUGGAAACUUUUUUGAAAAAAGAAAAUCUCAUAAUUCAAAAUCCCAGUGCGAUAGGAAACAGCAAUGCUAGUGUUAUGAAUCUUGUGACUACAUUUGAUGUACUUUGCUUUAUGCUUAAUGUGUUAUCAAAAAAAUUAAUGUUAGAAGCUGUUAAACCUUUACAAGAUUAUUUAAUCAAAUUCUUACAGUUGGCAUACAAAGAGACUCAGAUUGGUAAUAAUGGAAACCCCCAAAAAGAUUCUACUAACAAUCGCCUUAGUAUUAUUCAAAUAAAACAGUACAAUGAAGGUGCUGUAAAUGUUGUUGUUGAAAUAUUAAAAGCAUUUCCUACUAGUGAAGGUUUAGAGAAACUUCACAUUUAUGUUAAACUUAUAAUUACUGAAGGAAUUGUUAAUAAUAAAUGUCCCUAUAAAAUGGCCCUUAGUCUUACUUUAUUGAAAGCAGCUCAAUUAAACUAUCCACACUACUUGGAAAAUGAUAUUAUGAAUUUAAUUGGUGAUUUAUUAUUUCGUUUUGAUAAAAAUAACAGAAAAACAAAAAUAAAGAUAGAAUGUUUAGAAAUUUUAAAAAAUCAUGUUAAAAAUUUGCCAAAAUUUACACAACGUAUAUUUUUUGAAAAAGUUUUAAUAGUUCUCUUAAAUAAUGCAAAAGAUUAUAAAAAUAACAUGCCAGUUGAAGUGCAAAUAAAAUGUUUAGAUCUUGUCUAUAUAUUUUUGGGAGAAAUGCCGGGAUUGAUAGAAGAAGUACUUUUAAAAUCAUCUAUAAUUGAUUAUAUAAAAAAUACAACUGAUGAGCGAAUCAUAACUAUAAUUUUAAAAAUUAUUAAAAAGUGGAUCGAGUUAUGUGAAGAUGAAUCAGUUCCUUGUAAUAACAAUAUUGUUUAUAUUUUGAAGUAUAUUAUUGCAAUUGGUCAUUUUCCGAAUUCCAGUGAAUUGUGCCACAAUCUUAACAUAGAUAUUUACAAGCGAUGGUUUUAUAAUGAAUGUAUUGAUCAUGGCCUUAAAUGUUCAGUUCCAUCAAUAAGACGUGAAUUUUUCAAUAUUUUUGAAUCGACAAUGGAAAAAACAUUGUAUUAUAGAUUGUAUUCAAUUAUAAACAAUUUAACAUACCUUAAUGGUGAACUUUCAGCAGCAAAUUAUCUUCAAUUAUUGUUAGUUUUAACAUCAAAAAGCAGUAUUCUACAAGGAAACUUUUCUUUAUUAAAAAUCAAUAAUUCUAUCAGCUUUCACUCAACAUUAAAAAUACCAGAUCGAUUAAAUUGGUUAAAAGAAACUACUUUGGAAACUAUUCAAACUUAUGAUAUAUGUAAUUCAUUAUCUCAGUUAUGUUUUAUUGAUAAUAACUUAGCAAAAAAAUUAUGGAUAUCAAUUAUACCUAGUAUUUGGAAACUAUUUUCUAAUAUACAAAGGAAAUCCUUAGCACAUGCCACUAUUAACUACUUGGAAAUAAGCCACCAUGGUAAUGAUUUUUCGACUAUACUUUAUGAGUCAUUUUCCUUAUGUGAGCCUAAAAUCAAUUUUAAACCUCAUCAACUUGUACACAUUGGAAAAACAUACAAUUUGUGGCAUCGAGUUAUUAUUGAAUUGGAAAAUAUGUUACAUACAAAUUUAAAUGAAUCUCAUCAAAAUGAAAUCAUUCAUGCUUUGUCCAAAUUGUAUUCAUUGUUAAAUGAGUAUGACUUUCUAGAAGCUAUGUAUCAAAAUAUAUUAGAAAGAUCAGAAACCAAAUCAGCUUUAUUUCUUGAGCAUCUUGGAGAUUUUAAAAAUGCAUCUGAAAUCUAUACUAAAUUGAUUUAUCGCGAGAGUAACAAAUGUCCGCGUAUACAUUUUUGUCACCAAAACUUUUUUGAACAAAAUGUUUGGAAAACUCAUUUAUUCAAGUGUUUAAGAGAGCUAAAUGAAUGGGAAUAUAUAUCAGAUGUCUUAUCAAAUGAUGAUUGUUUUUUGUUAAAUAUUGAAAGUGUAUGGAAAAAAUCUCCUAAGUCUUCAUAUGUACACCACUAUAAUCUUAUGCUAGAUUAUUUAGAAAAAAAUCAAUUUAUUUGGCCAACUAAGACUAUUUGGAAAUAUCAUUUUUAUCUCUCAAUGAUUGCUUUGAAUCAAUUAACCCAAAAGUGUAUUUCGACAGCACAUGAACAUAUAAACCUUGCAACAAAAGAAAUAAUAGAUAAUUGGAAAUCAUUACCAUAUCAUGUUUGUAAUGUACACAUACCUUUACUCCAAGCAACUCAAUUGGUGGUUGAAACUCGCGAAGCACAUUGUUUACAAAGUAGUUGGCUUUAUACUCAAGAAAAUAUGAAUAACAUUGAUGUAUUGGUUGAAACAUGGAAUGAUCGCACUGCAUGGAUUGGUGAUGAUUUGAGUUUUUGGAAAGAUAUAGAUACAUGGCGACAAACAUAUUAUUCUUUUUUGACACUUCGCAAUGCUAAUAUAGAAAUGCCACACACAAAAAUUGCUCAAAUUCAAUCUGAGUUAAAAUAUUGUGAAGCGGCUUUUAGUCAUAAAAUGUUUAAUAUUUGCUUAAAUUCAUUGGAAUAUUUAAGUUCUAAAGAAAUUAAUUUACCUAACUGGCUGUACAAAUUAAAUUUAGAAAUAAAAUGUUUGAAAGAAAUUGAAGAUGAAGGAAACUACAGGAAGAAAGAUUUGUUGAAUCACAUGGAAUCCACAUUUAACGAGUCUUUUUCAAAUGAAAUAAAAUCAAUUUAUUAUGCUCUCAAAGGGUCACUUUAUAAUUCUUGUGAUGAAAUUGAGAGAGCAUUUAUUGCAUACAUAAAUUCAGCUACUUUUCAGAGUAACUUAUCAAAUAAAGAAACUGACUGGAAUAGUGUUAUUGAAAAUCAUUUUAUAUCUAAUUGUACUGGUAGUCAAAAAAUUAGCGAAGAAAAAAAUAAAUCUGAUAAUUUGAUUGAAAAUUGUGAAAUAAUUGGCAAAGCUUGGACUGAAUGGGGGAAAUUAUUAGAAAAUAAGUUUUUACUUGAAAAUGAUGUGAAUUAUGGCUUAUCUGCUAUUAAGUGUUAUAUAAUUGCAUUGCCAUUAGUUAACAAAAUUCAUUAUAAUUUUUCAAUAGCUAGAAUUAUAUGGUUAUUGACUUAUGACAAUAUAAAUAAUAUGUUAUUGCUUGUACUUGAAAGGUGUAAUAUUUGCAUAAAUUAUGGUUUAUGGAUGCCACAAAUGUUGAACACUCUUGUGGAUAAAGAUUGUCUCAAUAUUGAAAAUAUUAUUUUACAAGCUGCUCAUAAUUGUCCUCAAACUAUGUACUUAACGUUAAGAAAGAUGUAUGUCAAUGAAAAGGUUCAAAAGGAAAAAAAAAUAUCUAUUUUAAAAAAUCAAGCUGAAAUAAAUGCUGAAUCAGAGCGUAUUAAUAAAAAAAUGCACAGAAUAAAAAAAUUUAUGAGCUUAUUACAAAAUAAAAAUUUAGUUUUUAUUCAACUUGAAUAUUUUGUACAACAUAUUUUCAUCUUAGGUGAAAGUUGGGAUGAAGAAUUACGGCGAAAUCUAUAUGAAUGUUUGUCUUUAUGUUAUGAGCAUGCAUAUCUAAACAAAAGUUUGAAUGUUCCAAUUUCAACUGAAAUUUAUAAUUUCAUUUCAAAUGUAGCUAAAUCGUUUUGUAACCAAAGUCUAAACCCAAAAGAACUUAUGCUGAAGAAGCCUUUUUCAAUUCCGGACAAGCUAUCUCAAUUCUACGAAUCAUUUAAGAAAAAAUUUUCUCAUGAUUUUAGUUCACCUUCUAUGAGUGUUGAAACUAUGACAAAUUAUUUAGGAUUAUGGAUAAAAUGUUUAGAAAAAUUUGCAAAUUAUCAAACAGUAUUUUUACACGAAUCUCGUUGUCCAGGAAUUCACAACAUUGAUUGGUCAAUGAUUAAAUUACCAGGAGAUUUGUACUAUUCAAAAGAAACUUCAAGUAUUGUGAAAAUACAAAAUUUUAGCGGUUUUGUGCAUCUUAUUGAUAAAGAUGGUACAAUUGUUAAACAAUUAAAUAUUAGGGGUACUGAUGGUUUUGAGUAUAGUUAUAUUGUGUCAAAAGGAGAAUUUAAUGAAUCAGAACAAAGAAUUCAUCAAAUAUUUUUUAUGACUAACAGCUUAUUAUAUAAUUAUAAAGAGACAGCAAGACGAAACUUAAAAUAUUUUGUACCAAGAAUGCUUACUUUAUCACCAUAUUUAAGAAUAGUUGAGGGUUAUUUUAAAAAUUUAUCACUCUUAAGCAUAUACAAUAAAAUAAACAAAAGCUCUUGGAUAAAUGAAGACAUUGAUUCUUAUUUCUCUAUUUUAAAAAAAUGUUUAGAGUCUAAGAACCCUUUAAAAAAUACUUUUGAUAUCAUGCAAAAAAAUCUUCAUUCAAAAAAUUUUUUGACCGAAUGGACUGAAAUGAAUUUUGAAACUCCAUCAGAUAAUUGGAUAUUUCGUAAAACUUUUGUCGAAUACUAUUCUUUAUUGUGUUUCUCUGAGUAUACAUUUGGUUUAACAAAACUGAAGCCUGAAAUGCUAAAUAUCAACAAAGAAUGUGGAACUCUUAAUGCUGAAUACUAUGCAUUUUCUAGAAAAAAUAUUGAUCAACCAGUCCCAUUCAGAAUGACAUCUAGCUUAAAAAAAUUUAUUACAUUUAUAAGAAAAAAAUUGUUCAUCAACUGUACAGUCGCAAGUGCUCAAUGUUUCCAUAAUUCUAGAGAAUACUUAGGCAUUAUGCUAAAAAUUUUACUGUAUGACGAGUUAAAAGAUAUAUCAAUGUUUGAAACUCCAGUUGAUGGAUUUAAAAACUCAAACAAACAAGAUCUUUUAAGAAUUAUAACAAAUAAUGUCAAAGAUAUGUUAACAAAAAUAAAUGAACUUAGCGAUUUAUCAACUAAUAAUAUAGUCGAAGAACUUUUAUUGAAGGCAUCAAGUGAAGAAAAUAUUUAUCUCGAAAGUCCAACAUGGCGACCAUGGUUGUAAAUGAAACAUAAUUAGACUAAUUAUUUAAUUUAUUAUUUAUUUAAUUAUUAUAAGAUGUAUGACACCUUAUUGUCUUGAAUGUAUAAUACAAUUUAUUAAUUUUUGUACAACAUUGAAAAACCUAAGACUGUUUGAUUAUUUUUAUAUAAAUGAAACUUUUUUUCAUUUAA